AUGGAAGGAGGAUCAGAGAACUACAAUUGUGCAUAUAAAGAGUGCUUGAGAAACCAUGCAGCCAGCCUGGGGAGCUACGCCACCGACGGGUGUGGCGAGUUUACGGUGGAGGAGAUGUCAGCGGGAAGCCUACAAUGCGCUGCGUGUGGGUGCCACCGCAACUUCCACCGGAAAGUGAAGUACCCGGCGGUGACUACGGGUGGGAGAGGGGUGAUGAACUACAGUAACAACCGUGAAAUGAUGGAGUACGAAGGAGGUGAUGAAGGGAUGAUGAGGGGGGUUCAUCAGCAGGUUGAGUCAGAUGAUAAGAACGGGAAGAAGCGGUUCAGAUCAAAGUUCACAACAGAUCAGAAGGAGAAGAUGCUUGCUUUUGCAGAGAAGAUUGGUUGGAAGCUUCAAAGGAAGGAUCUGGAUGAUGAGAUUGAGAGGUUCUGCCGUGGCAUUGGGGUGAGUAGGCAAGUCUUCAAAGUUUGGAUGCAUAACCAUAAGAACUCUUCCUCCUCUUCUUCUGCUUCUACUGGCAAUAUCUCCUCUCUCACUCAGUAA